UACCUGUUCUUCAAGCUUCAUUUCAGGGUUUCACUUUUUUUUUUGGCGCGCGUCAUUUUUCUCUUAACCUGUGUGUGUGUGUGUAGUAUUUGCAUCAUUCCGAUGGUAUAUAAAUUCUCACAACCAAAUUGAUGAUGAAAAAAAUUUUCCCAUUUCAACAAACGUGUUGUUCUGGUGUUUGACUGUUGUUUCUUUUUUUGCCAUCACUAUUUGAUUGUUGGAUUUGAAUUUAUUGUUGUUUUUUUGUUCUGAUUGUGAUUUGUUUGUUUUUUAUUUUUACCAAAAUGAGUCGUUCAUACGGUGUUGGUAGUGAUCGAUGGUCCAAUUUUGAUAAAUUUUCCACAUCAUUAUCAAGUCCAAAUCGAUACCGUUCAAAGUCACCAUAUCGUUCAACUUCCUCACUAUCACGAACAUCCUCGACAUCGAAUUUAAAGAUUGAUGAUGAUUAUUUUAAUGCUCUGAAUAAAAGUCUUGGUGCACAUGAUGCCAGUUUUAUAGAAGAAGAUUCUGGUUCAAUGAAAAGUGGACAUAGUGGUGGUGGUGGUGGUGGCCGUUACACUCAUUCACUCACACGACCUUCAUCAUCAUCACGUAAUCGUUAUCAAAGUGGUGGGGAUAGCAAUCGAAAAUAUAAAUCCACGUUUGAUGAUGAUGGUGAUUUGGGCCAUAAAUAUCGAUAUGGUACUGGUAAAAGUUAUGGAUCAUAUGAUAAUGAUUUGAAUAAUAAUUAUCCAUCCACUUUUGGUGGUGUUGGUGGUGGUUAUUCCACAACGACAACAACCGUAACAAAUAAAGGCGUAUCAUAUGCUGCUGCAUCCGAUUCUGAACCAGAAUAUGAACCUUAUUCAUAUAAAUAUGAUUUGAAAUCGAAAUCAACAAAGCAACCGAAAACAACUUUAUCAUCGUCGACAAAGAAUAGAGGUGAACAUCGAUUAUUUGAUUAUGGCAAUCACAAUAAUGACAAUAGUGAAGAUGAUGAUGAUGAUGGUGGCCAUGAAUCGGAUGAAAGUAUGAAUGAAUAUCUUAAUUGUAAAUCAUUCUAUCCGGAUAAUCUUUCCGAAGCGAAAUUGUUUUGAGGUGCAAAUUCACAUCCAGAUCUAUUAUC